AUGGAGAAGAAACCAUGCAAUAAUGGGGAUGGGCUAAAUAAGGGAGCUUGGACGGCUCUUGAAGACAAACUCCUGGUCUCUUAUAUAACUGCAGCAGGUGAAGGCAAGUGGAGAAGUGUUCCCAAGCAAGCAGGUAUCAAGAGAUGUGGAAAGAGCUGCAGGCUACGGUGGCUGAACUACCUUCGCCCGAAUAUCAAACGUGGAAACAUCUCCGAAGAGGAAGAAGAUCUCAUUAUAAGGCUCCACAAACUUCUUGGCAAUAGGUGGGCUUUAAUUGCCGGAAGGUUACCUGGCCGAACUGAUAAUGAGAUCAAGAAUUACUGGAACACAACUCUAUCUAAGAAGGUGCGAACUCAAAAUUUUGCAAUUAAUAAGCCAAACAAUAAGCCAUGGGGACACAACUCAAAACCUCAACAAAAUGCUACUUCUUCGACCUCUAUCCCUACUUUGAUUCAAACGAAGCCAUUGAGGUGCACAAAAGCUUCUCAUCCCUACUUUCCAUUACAAAUUCCAUCUUCUAUAGAUGGCGUUGAUCAAACCCAACAAAUAAUCCAGCAAAACUUUGGAGAUGAAAUAAUGGAGGAGGAGAAGAAAGAAAGUGCAAUGGUGAACAAUAAUGAUCUGCUUUUUUUUUAUGAUGCAAUGUGGACUGAUGAAUUGGAAUUUGAGAAUUGGAGCAAAGGGGGCGAUGAUUAUGAUGGAAUUCUAUGUAAUGAUGAUUGGUUUUAUGGCUCAUCAGACACAGAUAUUUGGCAAAAUUUUUGA